AUGCCGGUCCUGCUGCCGGACGUCAUGGAGACCCUGCAGGAUGCCAACACUGAUGUCAAGAUGAAGGCCCUGGUAUUCCGCAGGAACACGAUGCGUCACGUGAAGAGGGAGGAGGCCAGCGUCAUCGCUUUGCAGCUGGCGGAAAAGUUCCUGCCCCUCUUUGGUGAUACAAUGCAUCACCCACCAGAAGGGCAGGAGGGUCCUGAGGCUCCUUUUCCUGCUGCUUCCCAUCCUGUCUGGAACUCACAGGCUUGGCUGGAGCAGAAGAUGCAGGAGCUCAAGGAGACGGCGGCUCAGGUGUCUGCUGCCAGGGCGAAUAUACUGCAGGCAGUGCGAGAGGUCCUCAGAGACCAUGGUGUCCAAGAGGAGAAGAGAGAGGAAAUUCUGCAGCUGACUCAGGCGGCAAUUAAGAACGUGCUUGAAAACUACCUCCCGAUGCCUGACUGGGCUCUGGAAGCCAUAGGUGCCACCAUUGAGGAGGAGAGGACAUCCAAGAGUUACGGUGGGCAAGGCAAGAAGAGCUGGUGGCUUUCUCCAUUCGGCUUCUCUUCUGCAAACCCUCCAGAGACGAUCUUGCAGCCCCGUAUGGCCCCUGGCAACUGCUGGGCUUUCCAAGGAUCUCGGGGCCACGUGGUCAUCCGGCUGCCUGAGCAGAUCUGGCCAAGGGCUUUCACCAUCUGGCAUAUCUCCGAGGCAGUCUCUCCUUCCGGGGAAGUCAGCAGCGCCCCCAAAGAGUUUGCCGUCUCCGGCGUGGAUGAGGCAGGGGCAGAAACUCUCCUGGGGACAUUCACCUACGAGGUGCACAAGGAGGUGGCUCAGACGUUCCACGUGCAGAAGGAGCUUCCCAGGACCUUUCGCUACAUCAAAUUCGAGGUGCAGAGCAACUGGGGAAACCCAGAGUACACCUGUGUGUACCGUGUACAGGUUCACGGGAAGACGGCGAGCCACCACGACCACCCACAGGCCCAAGAUCUCCUUUGA